CCGGGGGAGCCGCCUGAGGCGAGCGAUGGCGGGCGAGGGCCGCCCUCCAUCGAGGACUUCACCAUCGUGAAGCCCAUCAGCCGCGGGGCCUUCGGGAAGGUGUAUCUGGGGAGCCGGACCGGGAAGCUCUACGCCGUCAAGGUUGUCAAAAAGGCAGAUAUGAUCAAUAAAAACAUGACUCAUCAAAUCCAAGCCGAAAGAGAUGCUUUGGCUCUCAGCAAGAGCCCUUUCAUUGUUCAUUUGUAUUAUUCUCUCCAGUCAGCAAAUAACGUCUACCUGGUGAUGGAAUACCUUAUUGGGGGAGACGUCAAAUCGCUGCUGCACAUAUAUGGUUACUUUGAUGAAGAGAUGGCUGUGAAAUAUAUUUCGGAAGUAGCACUAGCUCUAGACUAUCUUCACAGGCAUAAAAUAAUCCACAGGGAUUUGAAACCAGACAAUAUGCUUAUAUCUAAUGAGGGUCACGUUAAACUGACAGACUUUGGCCUUUCCCAGGUGGCUCUGAACCGAGAUAUAAACAUGAUGGAUAUCCUGACCACUCCUUCAGUGGCCAAGCCACAACAAGACUAUUCAAGGACUCCAGGACAAGUGUUAUCUCUCAUCAGCUCCUUGGGAUUUCACACACCCGCUGGAGAGAAAAUGCAAGAGUCUGUUGAAGCUAUGACAAGUCCUGUAGCUGAAAAUGCACAGCUUUCCCAAGGACUGCCUUGUCCAAUGUCUGUGGAACAGAAGGCUGUUACUCCAUAUUCAAAUAAAUUAUUGCAUUCAUGUCUCGAUUCUGCCAUCUUAAAUCCUGGGAUGCCAGUGAAAUGUCUGACGCCCACCCUGCUACAGGUUAGGAAACGAGCUGGUACUUCCAGCGCCAGUAGUCAGUCCCACACUUUUGUGUCCAGUGUGGAAUCAGAAUGCUGCAGUAGCCCCAGAUGGGAAAAAGAUGUACAGGAAAGUGAAGAGUCAACGGAAACCAAGAGCUUAAAGAAAAAGGUCUUGGAGUCAGCCUUUUCUCCAAUUGGUUCGAACAUCCUCCAAGGGGCCAGAAGACUCGAGCUAUGUGAUGCAGGAUCUGCCUCCCUGAUUGCUUCAGAAGCCAAAAAUCUAGUUAGAAAAUGUCUCUCUGAAAAUAAAGCUUGGGAAGCAAGAGAACUCUCCGUCAGCAAGGUUGGUCCAGCUCCUAGUUCAGACCUGUCCACUGGCCAGCUGCCCCAGGAGCGGUCCGUGACUUCUGUCAAAGGCAGUUUGGCUGUGGGACCCACUGGAAGAACUGGUUUGAAAAGGAGUUUUGAUUUUGUUGACGUCAGUCCCUGCCAAAAAAUGAUCCAGAACAAGAAAACUAAUGUGGACUAUCAGCGCGGCUGUGAAAUAAUAGAAUUUCCUCCAAAUCCAAGAACGGGACUAACAACCGAAAUCCAGUGCAUAAUGCUCUCGGGCGUCAAAGGCCUUCAGGAGGAUUUUUGCGGUCAAGAAAAAAAUGCUAGUGAUAUUACCUUUGGGCCACAAACCCCAGGUACAGCGACUGUGCCAGGAAUAGCUAAAAAUCUUUUGUGUGAACUUGAUGAAGAUUGUCUUAAGGAAAGUAAGAAGAAUGAUUUGAGUUGCAGUUUUCUAGGCCCAGAAGAUGGUAGAGCUUUGACAAACUUGAGUAUGGACUCGGAUUCAUCUUUUCCUGGAAUGUCUGUUAUGGAAAUCCCUUUAGAAAAGCCACUUUUAAGUAGAGAUAAGAGCCCUAAAGAGCUCUCCCUUGAGGAAUCCAGAAUUGAAGAUGUGAUGACUACAUCACCAAUCUGUCAGGAAAAUGUAAUGAAACAGGCUAAGGAGUCUGCAGCUAAAGACAUCAAACUUUAUGACAUGUUAGCUCCUUCCUCAUCAGAGGUGGUAAAAGCACUGAACUUAUUUAAAAGAAACGCUGUGGUGUUUCGAAGUUACAACAGUCCAAUUAAUGCAUCCAAUGCAUCGGAACCGUCAAAAAUUAGUAUGACUUCUCUAGAAAGAAUGGAUUUCUCAUCUGUCUGUAGUGGUUCUUAUCCCAUGACUAUUACCCCAGCUCAAAAAAGAAGGUCCUAUAAAAUGAAUGAGACCCCACUUCAGGCGAAGGCAGGAACCCCUUAUAGAACCCCCAAGAGUGUGCGAAGAGGAGCAGCCCCGCUGGAAGAUGGGAGGAUUUUGGGGACUCCAGACUACCUGGCUCCUGAGCUCCUCUUGGGCCAGACUCACGGUCCUGAGGUAGAUUGGUGGGCUCUUGGAGUUUGCUUGUUUGAGUUUCUAACAGGAAUUCCACCCUUCAAUGAUGAAACCCCUCAGCAAGUAUUCCAGAAUAUCCUGAAAAGAGAUAUUCCUUGGCCUCAAGGUGAAGAAAAGUUGUCUGAUAAUUCUCGACAUGCAAUAGGCAUUCUUUUAACUCUUGACAGUGCAAAGAGAGCUGGACUGAAAGAGCUGAAGUGCCACCCUCUUUUUAAAGACGUGGACUGGGACAAUCUGCAGAACCAAACUAUGCCGUUCAUUCCCCAGCCAGAUGAUGAAACUGACACCUCCUAUUUUGAAGCAAGAAACAAUGCUCAACACCUGACUGUGUCUGGGUUUAGUUUAUAGUAAUGAAAACCUAGAAAUCUGUUCACGUUUUGCACAUUUAUAGCUUCUUCUACGGGUUGGACCGAUAUUUUAAAGACACUUCUUUUCAGCUGGAUCAAUCUGCUUUUAGUUUGCAUUGUUGAGGAGGCUUAAAGAAUAUUAUCAGGUUAGUCAGGUAAAUGAUAUAGGUCUAGAUUUAAAAUUCCUUUAUUUAUUCUGUUAAGUGCACCUUACACCUACUGAUAAAAAGCUGUAAUGACACAAUCACUUUAGAGAGGGGAUGUGGAUUCCUCCCUCACUUUUUCUGCUGCUGUUACAUUCAGGUUCUAGUAUCGUAUUGCUAUAAGCAAAAAGAAAGGCAUGGCUGCAUUUAAAUGUUAAUUUCGUUGCAUGUGGCUGGCAAGUCACCUAUGAUUUCUUGGAAAAUAGUUUAAAACUAUCCUUU